UAUUGUGUGAUCGACCCAAGCCGUCUAAUCCCUUCUUCUUCUUCCAUACAUAUUUAUUAAGAAAAAGGUUUUGCUGAGGUUCAACAAUGGCGGGCAUUGCUUUUGGUUCAUUUGAUGACUCCUUUAGCUUAAACUCCAUUAAAGCUUACCUCGCUGAGUUCAUCUCCACUCUCCUCUUCGUUUUCGCCGGCGUUGGCUCCGCCAUUGCCUUUGGCAAGCUCACGUCGGAUGCUCCCCUCGAUGCACCUGGUCUAGUGGCCAUCGCCGUGUGCCAUGGCUUCGGCCUCUUCGUGGCGGUGGCUGUGGGAGCCAACAUCUCAGGCGGCCACGUCAACCCGGCCGUGACGUUCGGUCUGGCUCUCGGCGGCCAAAUCACCGUCCUCACCGGAAUCUUCUACUGGAUCGCUCAGCUUCUUGGCUCCACCGUCGCUUGCUUCCUCCUCAAGUUUGUUACCGGCGGCUUGGCUGUCCCAAUCCACAGUGUCGGGGCCGGACUGGGAGCAGUUGAGGGAAUUGUAAUGGAAAUCAUCAUCACCUUUGCAUUGGUUUACACUGUCUACGCCACCGCAGCCGAUCCCAAGAAGGGCUCGCUAGGAACCAUCGCUCCCAUAGCCAUCGGGUUCAUCGUCGGGGCCAACAUCCUGGCCGCUGGACCAUUCUCCGGUGGCUCUAUGAACCCGGCUCGUUCCUUCGGCCCAGCCGUUGCGGCCGGUGACUUCUCUGGUCACUACGUCUACUGGGUCGGUCCGCUUAUCGGCGGCGGCCUCGCCGGUCUCGUCUACUCCAACGCCUUCAUGUCGAGCCAACAUGUUCCUCUUGCUUCCGACUUCUGAAUCUGAUUGAGAUCAUGUUUGUGUUCAUGUUUCGGUUUAUGUCUUGGAUCGUUCGGUUUGGGUUUCUGGAUCUUGUUUCUCGUAUCUCUCUCUUUGUUUCAAAGUCGUAUGAUAAUUGAUUGAAUGAGGAUUUGUCGGUGGAAAAUC